AUGGCGGUGGUGCUGGCUGGCGGGUGGCGGCGGGUGGUGCGGGAGGCGGUGCGGAGCUCCUCCGUUCACCUGCCCUCCUCCGGCUGCUGGGGCUCCGUGCUUGGAGGAAAGAGGUAUCUGCUAACGGAAGAUGAUAUCAAGUUACAAGAAUUUCAGCAGAUGAAAGUGAUAAUUAGAAAUGAAGUUCAUGGCAAUAAAGAUCCGUAUUUUAAAAGUAUUAAAGAAAAAUUAAAGAAAAAUGAAAUAAUUCUCAAAACUGAAUUAAAAAAUUUGCUGCAUUUAUGUCAGACUUCAUCUGAUGUGGAACUAGCCAGAGAAGUUAUUUACAGGUACCAUGAGCAGAAUGGAAUCACAGCCUUACAUAAUUUUAAAUUUGGGCCACUCUUUAUGAGGCUUUGUUAUGAGCUAGAUCUUGAACGACCUGCAGUAGAGCUUAUCAAAGAUCAGAAUUUACGUGGUUUUUUCUCGGAGAGUACAUCAUUCCAUAUUUUGAUGACUAUGUUAUUUAAAAAGAGACAUUUUGAAAGUGCUUUGGAAGUUCUCAUUGAAAUGAAAAAACAAAGUAUACCUUUCAGCAAAGAAACCUAUCUAAUUGCAUUUGCAAUAUGCUACAAACUGGACAACCUGGAAUCUUGCAAAAUCUGUGAGAAACUGCUUGAAGAAGCACAGCUAAAUGGUGACGCAUUACCACUGCGAGCAUACUGCUUUGCUGUGGCAACUGCUCUGAAGCAGAAUGAUGUUUCACAAGCCAAAUUUUAUUGUUCCCAGAUACUGAAAACAGAGAGCAGACUAUACAAUAAUCUUAAAGUUCUUGUCCAGCUCAGAUCUGGUUUGCUAGAAGAAGUAAUAAGGACAUUAGAGGCAGCAGUGAAAGUUGAUACUCCUCCCUUUGUGAAAAAAGUCGAGUUUUCUGAGCAAGUGCUGGCUGCAGUCAGGGAAAAGAUGGAAGAAAACGCCUACCUUUCUGCCAAAUUAAGAGAUAUUCAUAUGAAACUACAAGCUUCAGGACGGAUAACCAUGUGCACACUAGAAGACAUGCUUUUCCAGAUUCCUAGUUCAAAGAAGAUCCCUGCAAAGCUUUUCAAUCAGAAACUAUUAGGCUAUCAAGCUGCUAAACCACUUCGGUCGAAUCUAUUGUUGGAAUAGUUGAAUAUUUGAUGACACACUGAACUGUUGUUAGCAUCUCUUAGAAGCCACAUUCAAGUAAAAUUAUCUUCUUCUCUCCUCCACAAUGAGCAAUUGUUUGUUUCUGUGAAACUGCAUUUUAAAUACACAUCAUGUAGCUUUCACAUUUUAAUUUUGAUGAUAAAAACAAGUCAUGACCAUGUAUUCGUCAUGUGUUGGUCAGAAAUGGGGUGAUAGAAUGGUUUGAAGUUCUUCCUCAGGCACUUAAAUCAGAAUUUUCCUAUGCUAAACAUCUUUAUGGAAAUGACCAGAAUAAUUUGUGUAUCUGACCUGACUUGUGGUUUGUGAGAAGAAAAUUCGGUCUUCAUCAGUUGUAACUAAUGGGACAGAUGCAGUCCAGAUUCUAGAUAAAAGAGUAUGGAAGUUAACUGUUUAUUCAAAUUCUGUAUAUCUCAAGAGAAUCAGAGGGAAGAAGGCAUCUUUUUCCCUCAAUUGGAAAUUAUUCCAACACUUCCAAUAUGGAACCUUAAGUAGCUCCCAAUCUUUUCUCCACAGAUAACUUUGAUAAAGGAUUUGUGAAGGUUGCUUGCAGUGUGGCAAGGAUUAGUUUAAAAAAAAAAAAUGUGAACUACUGUUCAGUUUACUUGGUUGGCUAGUACUAUCAGGAUAACUGUUUGAUGUAAAAACUACAUUUUUAUUGGCAAUAAUAGAAGAUAGUUUUAUCCAUUUAGCAUGUUACAGAACAAAUACAUAAGGUCAAGUCUUUUUAAUUUCCUUAUUUGACACUUUCAAACUUGAAUUAAUUGCAAGAAAUUAAUUCAUCCUUGGACUGAGAUUCACAUAUUUGUUUUAAUCUGAAUUAAUUAGGCUCCUGGCUCAGACUGUGUCCUACCUGUAACUGAAGUAAUGAUAACUUCUAUUACAAUUACCAAUAUAACUGAUGUUUUCCAUUCUUUGUUGUCUUGACUAUUUGCUUUCUUGAGGCUGAUUCACUCAAGCUAUAAUCUGUUUUAAGGAAGCACCAUUUCUCUGUCUUGAAAGAGAGAGGCAGUGCCCUUACAUAACUAAAAAUACUUCAGUAGGAAAAGAAAGCAGGAACCCAAGAAAGGUAGGUUCAAAGGAAAACGCACACAAAAUUCAGACAAUUGAACAUGAAAAUAUUGAAGGUUGCUCUGGAAGUGUUGUAGAAGACUGGUAACAUCCUCCAUUAGGAAACAGGGGAGGUAAAAAGAGCAACUUCUAAUAUCUAUGCACAUUAAUUUAAACAAAGUCCAAUUUGUUUCAUUCAAGUUGCAUAGCAGCUUGUUCAUCAGGGAAGCUUGGAUUUCAUAUGUUUACAGUUUUGCUUUUUGGUGCAUCCAGGUCCUGAACACACUGGCUCUGGUGCAGAAGAUUUUUCAACCAUAUGUUUAGUUUAGCACAUUGAAGUGUGGUUGACAUCUAGUUUCCUAGUGUCCAAGAUCAGGAAACCAAACUCUUGCCGGGUUGGAGUGGCUGGCAUGUCCUGGGUUGAGUCACUAGAGACCAUUUCUUGGGGAUAGCCACAAGGAAAGAUAUGUGCUAUAUUAUUGCAGCCAGUGGUAUAGUUAUACUUUGCUUAUAUAGAGUUUUAAUCAAGGAUGAACCUUGAUAUUCAAGGGAAGCCAACAUUUUGAAAUUCAGUUUAUUAUUUGGAGGGAAAGGAGGGGAGCAAUUAGAAAAAAAACAAGGCAUAUUUCAAAGGGAAUUGCUGUCCUUUUUUUCUAGGUUUCACUGCAAAAGACUUCUGUAGGAAAUGCUGCCUGAAUCUUUAUGUAGUAAGUAUCUUAAAUGAGGAUCUGAAGGAUUGCUGUUUAUCGUGUUCAUAUAUUUUUCCUGCAAUAAAAGGAAACAUGAGUUUAGAGCAUGUCCUUUUUAGAACAGUGAUCCAGGAGACAGCAGGUGGCGUUUCUUGAUCAUUCUUUCCUACCGACUCAAUUUCCAGGGAUACCUUGCAUCUGUGGUGUCCGUUGUGUAAAGGCAGGGCAGAACGAACAGUUUGCCCUGUGCCUAACACAUUGCAGUCUCAAAAUGGAAAAUCCAGGCAUCAGUUCACACCCCCGAAUGGCUGGUGAUAGGUAUAGACUGCAAACCUAUAGAUUUACAGCAUUUUAUUUGAAACUUACUACAUUUGUUGAAACAACUCAUCUUUGCCAGUGAUCAUGAUGGAGUUUUUAGAGUAUUCUGUGGAGAUACUAAUCAAUGACAUACAAGACAGGCUGUUGAUGUUACUUCUAAUAUGGCAAUGACAAUUAUAAAGGCUUCCUUUGCUAUACAUCUGAAGAGAAAGUUGGGCACUUUUUCCAGCUUGAAUUGUAAACCAAUUUAUUUUUAUAUUCACAUGGCAUCUGUAUUGUGUGCAGUCUUCAAAGGGCUGAUACUCCUCUGCUAUAGAUGCUUCUGCUAUUCUCCAUGGAUUAUUACCUCUUUCAUAUUCCUCUCAACAAGCAUCCUGAGUCUUGAUGAGGAAGGAUCACUUCCUCUGUGCUCCUGUUAAUCUUGUGCUUCAGAACAAUAAAAAUGAAGGCUUAAUUGGUACAGGAUCACACAGGAAAGCUCUCUAAUGAAAAGUUUUUGUGUACUUAAUGAACCUUCUACAUAAGCUUAAAUAACUUUUGAAACAAAGACUUGGUAGAACUUUUCAGGACUACAGAAAGCAGGGAGUCCUAUAGUGUGUAAGCCCAGAGCUAUUCAACUUCGGGUUUGACUUUGGGGUUUUCUUUUCCUCAGGGUUGUUUCAAAUUUCAUCCUUCUAAAAUCUUUAUUGCAAAACAACAAAAGACUUGUUUCUUUCUUUGUUUUAAAGCUACAUCUGUUGUGACUGCUUACAUGCCAUUGUACUGCCACAUACUCAUUAGUAAGUUUAUUAAAAGUAGAUGUUGCUCACACA